GGGAACGUCUGUGCAGAAGAGAAGGAAAAGCUUUUUUCAAGAAGCCUUUUAUAGACUGUUUGCUUUGGGUGGGUUCCCUUCUUUUAUUUACUGAAUUCCAUAGGUGACCGAUACACAAAUCAUAGAAAAUGAAGUUCAUCAUUGGCAUUGGAGGAGUGACCAACGGUGGGAAGACAACUUUGACAAAUAAACUUCUAAAGACAUUACCCAACUGUUGUGUGGUGCAUCAGGAUGACUUUUUUAGGAAACCCGAUCAAAUAGAAGUCGGGAAGGACGGCUUUAGACAGUGGGAUGUGAUCAGCGCCAUGGACAUGGAGGCUAUGGUCCACACUGUGAAAGGCUGGCAGGAGAACCCGAUCAAGUUUGCCCGCUCACACGGAGUGAGCCUGUCACCUGAAGCUGAGGAAUGUGAAUCGGAGGAGGGGAUCCAUAUUCUCGUUGUGGAGGGGUUCCUCAUCUACAAUUACAAGCCUCUAAUUGACAUCUAUGACAAAUGUUUCUACAUUUCCAUUCCUUAUGAGGAGUGCAAAAGGAGGAGAAGUACAAGGACAUACACACUCCCUGACCCCCCUGGCCUGUUUGACGGCCACGUCUGGCCCAUGUACUUGAAACACAGGAAAGAGAUGGAGAACAACUGUGUCAAAAUAGAGUACCUUGAUGGGAUGACAUCAAAAGACAAUAUCUACAACAAAGUGUAUGAAAGUGUUCAGAACUCCCUGCUGAACAACUUAUAGCAGGACGGGGAUAACAGUGGAUUCGUGUAUAGACUUGUAAAUAUUAUUUUGUGUAAAUGUGUAACACCACUUCUGUACUUCUAGCCUGAUUUGUAAAUAGUGAAUCCUUAUUAGGAACUAAUGGCAGAAGUGCUGUGUUUUGUAUAGUCCUGUGUAACUUUUUUAUUAUUUUAUUUUAUUUUAAGUUAAGACACCUCUGGAUUGCCCAGUGUUUUACAUCAGGGACAGAUCUCAACUCUGAUCGUGUAUAAAAUCCCCACUGGGAGGAAGGAGCUGUGUCUCGCAACUAAAUGAAAUGACUGAAUCCAA